AUGGGAAAUCUUCCGAAAGCCCGUGUUACACCGGGACGUCUAUUUCACACAUCAGGCGUCGACAACGCCGGUCCUAUUCAGAUUCACGUUUCGUGGGCAGACGAGGAAUAUGUUCUCAUCUAUACCGUGACAACGGUACCACCUUUCAGGGAGCACCUAGGAAAUUCUGCAAGAUGUUUAAUGCUUCUUCCCAAUUUUACAGUGAAGUUGCGACUACUCUUGCUAAUGACGGAACUAUGGCAUUUUAUACCACCCAACUCACCUCAUUGUGGUGGCCUUUGGGAGGCUGGAGUAAAGGCUACCAAACAUCACUUGAAAAGAGUAAUCAGAGAACACGUAGUUACCUUUGAAGAACUCUCUACUCUUUUAGUGGAAAUAGAAGCAUGUCUAAAUUUACGCCCACUGUGUCCCCUCACUAACGACAGUGACGAUCUUUCCGCUUUAACGCCUGCUCAUUUCCUGAUCGGCUACACUCUUGGUGUUCUACCUAAAGAAGGAAUUCUCAACAUCCCUGAGAAUCGAUUAAAUCGAUUCCAAUUGCUUCAACGUAUGCGGGAUAACUUUUGGAAUCGGUGGUCAUCAGAGUAUCUUCAACAUCUUCAAGAGCGUGGUAAAUGGCGUGGAGUAUCAGUAAAUUUUUCUCCCGACCAGCUAGUCGUCAUUAAAGACGAUAGAUAUCCUCCUUCUAAAUGGGCACUAGGACGAGUGCUAGAGGUCCAUCCAGGGAAGGAUGGCUUAGUACGCGUGGUGACUGUGAAGACUUCAACAACGACCCUUCGAAGACACAAAGCUCGACUAAGUCCCCUAUUUCUACCGAGUUCAAAACCCCAUUCUCCCACGACAGAAACGACUAAUCAAUAG